AUGGCUACAAGACUAUCGAGUGACAUGACAAAAUUUAAAGAAACUUUAAAAUCUUCCAAGGAAAUUGUUAUUCUUUCCGGAGCCGGUAUCAGUGCAGAAUCUGGCAUACCUACAUUUAGAGGUGCAGGUGGAUAUUGGAGAAAAUAUCAAGCUUCGUCUUUGGCAACUCCGGAAGCGUUUAGAAACAAUCCAAGUUUGGUUUGGGAAUUUUAUCAUUACAAGCGAGAAGUGGCUGCCAAAGCACAGCCUAAUCCGGGUCACAAAGCUAUUGCCGAUUACGAGUCAAAAUAUGGGUCCACCAAGAAAAUAACUGUGAUUACACAAAAUGUAGAUGGACUGCAUGCAAGAGCAGGCACUAAAAAUUUGGUAGAGUUACAUGGAAACUUAUAUAAAACUCGUUGUACCAAAUGUAAAGAAGUCCUUGUAAAUAAUGACAGCCCAAUAUGUGAGGCAUUAGCAGAUAGAGGAGCUCCAGAUGCCAAUAUAAUUGGUUCAAACAUACCGGUGAGGUCUUUGCCUCACUGUAAGAAGCCUAGCUGUGGGGGAUUACUGAGACCUCACAUUGUUUGGUUCGGUGAAAGCUUGGAAUCUGCUGUUUUAGAAAAAGCAGAAUCUGCAAUGGCAACAUGCGAUGUAUGCCUUGUCGUUGGCACCUCAUCAGUAGUGUACCCAGCGGCCAUGUUCGCGCCACAAGCUGCCGCCAGAGGCGCCACAGUCGCGGAGUUUAAUAUCGAGCCUACACCCGCUACUCCAGACUUUCACUACUACUUUGAAGGUCCUUGUGGGACAACAUUGCCAGAAGCUUUGUCUCAUUAG